AUGCUAAACUUUAUUCACAGGCUCUCUUCUCCUCUCUGGCUAUCCAAAAAUAAAAGAACGGGUCGGUCGGUCUCUCCUCUCUUUCUUCUUCGCCUCAAACACAAACCUUUUAAAGCACAUCAGAAUUCAGAUACGUGAUACCCCAAAAUCUGAUCAAACCACCACCGAUUUCUCAACCUAUGGAAAUGCAAAUAUCACUGUCCCAGCGUCUCGAUGACGACGUUGUAUUCGAUGUCCUGACUCGGCUGCCGGUGAAAUCCUUAAUUCGAUUCAGGUGCGUUUCCAAAUCCUGGUAUUCCACUAUCUCCGGCUCCAUUUUCAUUACCGCACACCUCCACCGAGCUAAAUCAUCAUCAUCCAACAACAACAAUGGUGGUUAUCUGUUAUAUUCACCUUUUCCAAACGAAUUAAACUUUUCAUCUUACAAAGAAUUGUGUACAGUUUCUUACAAUAGCGACCGCACACUGACCCACAUUUCUAGAUUUCGAGUCCCCUUUUCUUAUGACUUCCUGGUUAGCUUCUGUAAUGGCAUGCUCUGCCUUAACAGUAUUAGGGGUCGGGGCAAUGUAAUAUAUUUGUGGAACCCAAGCAUUAGAAAGUUUAAGAAGCUUCUAGCUACUCCCUUGACUUACCCUUUUCACGAUGUGGCUGUUGGACUUGCCUAUCAUUCUCAAAACAAUGACUACAAGAUUCUCAGAAUUGUGCCUUAUAAAGAGUCACGUGGGUCAGAAGUUCCGGCAAUUGAGGCCGAGAUUUACACAUUGAGUACUGAUUUGUGGAGAAGGGUUGUAAUAUCUGUGGAGUCAUUUAGUGGGUCUGGACCCAAUAUUGGAUGUAUUGAUGAUAUACAUGAGUCAUUCUGUAUUUUUUAUAAUGGAGCUCUGCACUCUAUAGCAUGUUGUGGGGACUACAAUUUCAUUUUGUCCUUUGAUGUCGAUGAUGAGAGAUUCCGUGAGAUAUUGCUACCUCAAAAUUAUUUAGAUGGAGUUUGUGGACAAGUGGAAUGUCUUACAGUGUUCAAAGGAUCUCUGGCUUUGGUUGUUUUCGGUGAAACUCUACCUGAGGGGAGUGACCUAUGCCACUUAUGGGUGAUGAAGGAGUAUGGUGUGGCUGAGUCUUGGUCUAAGAAAAGUUUACCGAUAGAAAACGUUGCACAGUUCUUUGGCUGCACGAUCAAUGGGGAACUUCUGAUUGAGAAGUUUAACCAUUGUGAUAUCCUUUCAUUUGAACCUGAGAGCUUAAAGGAGGAAAUUCUUAGAAUUCCUGAGCUUGGAUGUAUGAUUUACACAACUGAUUUUGUGGAGAGCCUAGUUUUACUUGAUGGGGUAAACACCUCGUCAGAAUACGAAAAUCAGCAAGUUGGAGUUUUUAGCAAGGCACUGAUGUUUUUGAAAUCCAUAUUGAAAAGUCAUUAAGCUGCUAUCAUCGUCAAUGGGUGACCUUAUCGCUACAGGCCACAUGAUGUUUUCACCACAAUGGGUCAUUGUUGGGUACUAGAAGAUGAAUUCAGCUAUCCAAUCAAUCCCAACUUGCGAAAUAGUGCACAGGUCCACAAUACCAUAAGGGCGGAGUAGGACUGGUUACUCCGUGAACAUGAAAUGUUUUAUGAUGAGAUGAUCGGUUAUAAGCUGCUAGUGCCUCGGAGACUCACAUCGCAGAUGUCAAAAGACACUAUAGACAAACUUCAUAGAGUAUUGUGCUGCAUAAGAGUAGAAAAUAAUCGAAUGAAGAUACGUCUCAAUCGAUAUCGGACCCAGGUGGAGAUUCAAGAAUCAAUGGAAUGUAAGUUGUAUUAGCAUGCAUGAUACAUGCAAUCACUUCUUGCAAUAGACAUUUAUCAGUUGGACAUGGAGAUGUCAGAUGAAGAGUAAUUGUGUUGUGGUCCACUCGCACUUUGAUGUAUAACUAUUAUUUUUAAUUAUGUUUUAGAUGUAUGUGUGUCGUUGUUGUUGUAUUCGUACUAUGUAGGGAACGGUGUUUAAGG